AUCAUAGCACUUCUAUCAGAGUUGUAGACGUGUGCGCGUCGUGGUCUUGCUGCGACUGUGCUACUGAUACUAUAUCUGAAGGAAGUGAUCAUCGACGCUGAUACAUACAAACACGACUCUGAUUUUACGUAUUGUGUUGCGCAGUUGAUAAGAUUUUUUGAAACUGCGCGAUACUUACUUCAGUUGUUGUGUUUGCGUGUGAAUUCAACCUCAUAGAACAUCGAUUGAAGAAGCUGAUCAUUUUUGUAAUCAUGGGAGGUUUUUAUCUUGAACCCUUGGGUUCUACAGACCCAAUUCCGCUGCCGGAAUCUAAAGGGUAUACCUGUGGACGAGAAAGGACCAAUGAUGUCAUGCUAAUGAGUCCUUCAAUAUCGAGAAAACACUGUCUGUUUAUGAUCGCUGAGAAUCUUUUCCAAGUUUGGGACCUCAACAGUUCCAAUGGCACGUAUAUCAAUGGUCGCAGAAUUGUAGCCAGUGAAUUCCACAACGUUGCUGUUGAUGAUAUUCUCGGACUUUCAUGUGAUAAAACUGAGAACUUGGAUGCUGAUCGGCCAUAUGUUUAUCGACUUAAAGAACUGAGUCUUAAACAAGCAAAAAAAUUCAACGAUGAAAAUGUCACUAAAGACGAAUUGGGACAGAAAAGAAAAUUAAACGGGGAAUCUCCAGUACCAUCUAAAAUGGCCAGAACUGAAGUAAUCGAUCUCACAGAUGACUGUGUGAUGAUUGAUGCUAGUCCAGUAAGGGUGAAGCAGGAACCAGAGCCACCUACUGACCAGCCACCAGCUUCAGUUCCUUCAGUCAAUGAUACCGCCGACAAUAAUAAUGAUCAUCUGGUCCAAGCAAAGAAUUUGAUUAAAUACGAAUUAGAUAUCCCUGAGGAUAUAACUUUAGCUGUCAAUGAAAGUCUCAUUGCAAACGGAUUAAAUUCUAAGGACAUCGCAGCCCAAGAAGCGAUCUUAAAGGCUGCAGUUAAUGGUCCAUCUAGCGCUUCUACUGACAAAGUUCCUGAUAAAUUAACAUCCAAUGGACCAAUUAACGACGACACAAAUUCAAAUGACGCGGAUAUGUUCAGUGAUUCGCCAACUACGAGUCCCAAAAAUUCAGGGAAAUCAUCAACUGAAUUAAUUGUGACGAAACAAGAGUCCAAGCCAAUGAUAUUCGAUAAAUCGAUUGACGUAAUUGUAAUAGACGACGAAGACGAGGUCGUUUUUCCAGCUUCUCAAUUAUUUGAUGAUCCUGAUGCUAAUGACAAUGGCGAUGGCAAUAAUGAUAACGCUGUUGAAGACAAGUCAGUAUCAUCAAUUAUCAAAGAAGAAUGCGAUCUUGGUUCUGAUGAAAUUGGUUACUACAACAACCAUGAGGAAGCCGAUGACGUUGAAGAAGAAACUGAAUAUCCUGUGAUUGUACUGUCCGAUGAUGAUGAUGAGUAUAACACUGAAACUAAUCCCUGGUUCUUGAAGUUGUCGGGAAGUCAGUUGGAGAGUCAGUGCAUAAAAGAAGAACCAGAUUUAGUGACCGAGCCCAUUGAUGACUUUGAUAACGACGAUGACGUCAAUGGGUUGCUCGAUGAACUGAACAAAGAUGACUUUUUGAUGGAAACUGAAGAUUUUGAAAUGUCAGCGGAAGUAACUGCUCAAGAUACUGCUCUGAUUGCUGAUGAUGAUGAAGCUGUGAAGCAAAAUGCUGCUGAGCUGGUUGCUGAUGCUGCAGUUGCUGGUUCUGCUAAAGAAGAACUAGAAAAACCAGAAGAACUAAAGAAGAAAGAUCAUGCUGCCAAAAAGACCAAGAAAGAAAAGAAGAAAGAGAAGCGAAAAGCUAAAGCUCAAGCUAAAGGUAAAGAUGAAACUAAAAUGGACGUUGAUGAGAAAUUAAAAGAAAAUGAUAAGAAGCCUAAGGAUAAGUCCAAAAAUAAGAAAUCAGAUAAAAGUAACAGUGAAGUCAAUGCUGCGAAUAAAUCUCUUGACGUUUAUGGUUUCCGAGAAUCUUUAGAAAAAUUCGACGUAGUUUACAAACAGUAUCGCAUAAAACAAGAAUCCGAGGUUAAGAAGAAGAAGAAAGAUAUCGUGAUUCGAAGUAAUAUUGAAGUGAAAACUCCUUUAGUGAAGUCUAUCUACAUGGAAGCGGUUAAAUCGCCACCUGGACCGUCAAAUGCGACGACGAAAGUUAAUAAAAGCGCUAAAGUACCUGAGAAACAUGGCCACAUUCAACGGAAAGUUAUCAAGAAAGUAAAAGACAGUGAACCCAUUGCGUCUACUUCAUUUAGUUGUCACGCUGCUGAUGAACUGUCUUCGGAUUCGUCUGAUACGGUAGCCGUGGGUAUGAAGCGGUAUGACAAAGAAGGAAAGGAAGAACGUAAAGACAAAAGCGGCCAAAAAAAAUUGAAAAGUAUUCAAGAAGACGUGAGAGAUAAGGAGAAAGUUAAGAAUAAGGAAAAGGAGAAAGAAAAAGAAAAGAAUAAAGAGAAGAAUAAAUGUAAGGAUAAAGAGAGAGAAAAAGAAAAAGCUAAACCAAUUGUGAAAAAUGAUAGACGAAGUAGCGAAGAAUCUACUUCACGGAAGUCCACAGAUUCAACUCGUCCACUGUUUGAAGAAGCUCUCGUAGCUGGCGACAGAGGCAGCGAAGAGGAUUUGAAGAGGAAGAAGAUCAAGAAGAAGAAAAUCCCCCAAGAGGCGCCGAUUGAUGAGGAACAGAUACGAAGAUUGUCUAUGUCAGGUGAUUCUCUCCUUGUGGUAGCGGCUUUGUCACCAGAAGUACCGACUGCUGAUUCUUCAAAAACAACUGAAGCUAAAACUGAUGUUCCGAUAAAGGGAAGAAGAGUUUCCAUUUCUUCUAAGAAGGAAAAGAAAAUUCAAACCAUUGAACCGCCGAUAUUCACUCGCAACGGACGACAUGGAGUCAGCGCGAUACUUAGUGCUAGUGCAGUGGCUUCGACCAGCAACGCGGAAGCCACCAACGGAGCUACCAAUGGCACACUCACGCCAAACGAUUCAGACAACCAGGAAGAAGACUACGACUCAGCUCUCUUCUCAAAAUGUAAGAAGCUGCCAAAUUCAUCCAAAUCCAAUGAUCCCAUGGAAGAGCAGAAACUUCGUCUGAGAAAUAAAUUACGCGCUCACGAAAUACGUGGCUGUGCGAAAGCUCUUUCUAAAGCUGCAUCUAAAAAGAGCAAGGAAGAAUUGAUCCAUGAUCGCCGUGAGCGACUGAAGCAGUUGGCCGAAGAGCAACGGAAGUCCAACGAAAAUAACGCGACUACCAAAAGAAUUAACAAACCUCGAGCUAAAGUGUCUAAGAAUCGCGGAUUGUUUCUCAUUCCCGAAGGAGCGGAUCUUGACACCACCCAAAAUGGUGAAUCCGAAGCUGAAACAACAUCGACUAGUAUUAACAAUGGCCCAGUUUUUGACUUGCAUGCUGAAGUCAUAAAAACAAACCAUAUAAAUACUAAUCCAACUGCUGUUGAUGAUCUCUUUGAUGUGAUAUCAACUCGUUCCUGUCCUGGAUACGCUGAGCCUCCGCCGCCCGCAGACCAAGAUGAUGAUGAUGACGAUAAUGGCUUCGAUAUUGACAAUAUCACUGGUAACAAUACGGACAUUGACAUGGAUAUUGAAGAUACUUUCAUGGAUUACGCUUCUGAUAAUGACUUGGAUUAUAAUCAGCCAAGUACGAGCUCUCGUCUUGAUCAUAAUUCAAAUUCUCGUAGUUAUUCAAUACCAACUACGAGCUCUCGUCUUGAUAACAAUUCAAAGUCUCGUAGUUAUUCAAUACCGACUCUCAUUGCUACUGCAGUACUUCCAUCAAAUUCAGUUGCUAAUAAUAAUAAUAUUAAUAAUAAUAAUAAUAAUAAUAAUAAUAAUAAUAACAAUAUGCGGAGGAGGCUAUCGGGAGGUUCAGUAGUAAAACCAAUUCGCGGUAUUUUGAAAAAAAUACCAAACAUUGAAUUACUAAAUAAUUAUGUGCCAAAUAAUAAUUUUAAUCAACAAUCAGUAAAAACAAGAAAAAAAAUAUCAUUCUCAAAUGCAAAACCAAAAAUUUACUACUUUCAAAUAUUACCUGGUAAUAAAUUAGUCAGAAAAUGCAUUCAGAAAGACGCUUCGAUGCCGAAACCAAUAGAAAAAACACUACCAGGUGAUCCAUCUAAUUACCUACCGAAUUUGUCGACUCACGCAACUCCAAAAGUGCUACCAGUACCACCUACGCUGGUUUCAACGAUGAAAAAUCACUGCAAUGUUCUCACUCUGAGGCACAACAACAUAAUGAACACAAAUGGAAUUCCAGCACCAAAAAGAAUAUCAGCUCCGACUCCCGAUCAAUUUUUACUGCGGGUCUUCGACUGGAAUCCACUUUGGCUGGACCCUGCCAAGUUCGACCAAAAGGCGCAGAAAAAUCUGCCGAUUGUUGAAGACGGACAGAUGCCCCAUCUGUCUUGGUACGCAAAUUACACUGACUACUACAGCAUCAUGUCAGCGCUGAUGUUGCUGGAGAUGUGGGCGGGAAUCGUAAAAGACAGCAACGACAAAGAGUACAAGAAGAAACGUUCCUUGAUGUUUGGAGCCAUUGGAGAGAAUUCAAUCACUCAGACCCCAAUACGUUCGACAAACAACACGAUUACGAUAUUUACCGUCGACAUUCUUCGUGAUAAAUUCCAGAUUGACAAGAAGAUCCAUCCAAAUGUCGAUGAUCUGGUGAUGCUUGAGCUCGCAAUCGUCACCGGCGAUAGAACCAUCCAAUUCCAGACCAUCUUUGCUUACGUAAAAGACUUUCACAAGACUGUACUGACACCAUCGACUCCACCCUACAACCGCUGCUUGAACGGGACCGUUCCAAAUGCCUUUGCUCUAAUGACAUUUACGAUGAUAACGAAAUCUCUGCCUCUGAAUAUUAAAUUUAGCAGACCACAAAGAUUGCGGACGAUGUUUUUUAUGCGGCCUAGCAUGCGCUCAGUCCAAGCUGUGCAAUUUUUGUCAUCGAGUCCACUUUUCUACCCAAUAAUUCAGCCGGAUGCGGAGAAAGAAGUCUACGCGAUUAAAAAAGUGUUCGACAAGGAUUGCAAAUUUGCUACUGGUGACAAUCUUAAUGACAAGCAGGCAGAAGCUGUGAUGUCUAUCACCAGUGCAGUACUUGAACGAACUCCGAAAAUUUGUUUAGUCGAAGGUCCCCCUGGUACUGGUAAGUCUCGAGUGAUUGUCAACAUAGUAACGGAAAUAAUGUACGGGAAAAACAGAUACAAGAACAACGACCGUCGACGGAUACUCGUAUGCGCGCCGUCCAAUGCUGCGAUUGAUGAAAUAACACUUCGGUUGAUGGACGUCAGAGCUAAAUUCAAAGCUGACAAGUCCCAUGAGCCGUUCAAAAUGGUGCGCGUCGGCAACGCAAAGUCAAUGCACCCACGUGUCCAUGACAUUUCCAUCAGUGAGUUGGCCAGUCGCUCGCUGAGCAAAGCCCCGGGUGACACCAGUGGGGAAAUAGAGAAGUCGAGACUCAACACCGAGAUCGUGCGAUUAAAGGCAACACUAGAGAGCGCUGAAAAUAUUCCAGAGGGUGAGCGGAUUAAAUUGAAGAAGAAAUAUGACGACUAUAUCACGCAGAUCGGUCUGCUAGAAAACUGCAAGCAAAUCCGUCAGAAAAAUAAUGAAAAGCAGUACCACCAAGAAAAAAAAUUGCUGGCCACUGCGGAUGUUAUAACUUGCACUUUGUCAUCCUGCUACACAACUCUGAUGGAGUCGACGUUUGGUAAAAGAAGCGAUGAUAAGAAGAUAAGUAUCUGUAUUGUAGACGAAGCAACUCAGUGUUGUGAGCCAGAGGCACUGAUACCCCUGAUGCUUGGAGUUGUCAAACUGGUACUCGUUGGAGAUCCACAGCAACUUCCGGCUACUGUGCUGUCCAGCAAAGCCAAGGACCUUAAGUAUGACAAGUCAUUGUUUUCUCGUAUAUACGAACGGUUUGAAGGCGACCUCAACAAUCCGGUGAUAUCACUGGACACUCAGUACCGGAUGAACCAUCCGAUAGUGUAUUGGCCGAAUAGAUUUUUCUAUAAUAAUCAACUGAAAACAUCCUCCAAGCUAGUCCCCUGGCCUUACUUCAGUUACAAAGUGUUCAAUCUUACGUCUGUUCAGGACAAUAAUGCCUACUCUAAUUCAGACGAAGCUACAUUUGUAGUAAACCUCAUACACACUAUGGCGACAUGCACCGACUUGGAAAAUGUAGAAGGAGUGAUUAGAAUUGGUGUUAUUACGCCGUAUCAAGACCAACGUAAAUUGAUAUCUAUUAAAUUGGCUGAUAGAUUUGCUAGUGUACCUGAUGUUAUUAAACAUAAAAUAGUGACAGAAGUCAAUACUGUCGACGGUUUCCAAGGGCAGGAAAGAGAAAUAAUUAUUAUGUCGUGUGUCAGGAGUAAUGGAAUUGGAUUUUUAUCUGAUAGACAACGACUGUGUGUCGCUUUGACACGUGCCAAGAACACGCUGUUUCUGUGUGGAAAUUUUAAAACGUUUGAAAAAGAUGAAACGUGGAAUGCAUUAAUGAAAGACGCACGUUCCCGUAAUUUUUAUAUUAAUAUAGUACAUCAAGCCGAUGCCGACAAAAUAAAACAGCACGCCGUGAAAGAUCAAUUUUUCAAAUAAAAAAAAAAAUAUAUUUAUGUAUAUAUUUUUAAUACCGAUUGGAUGCUUAAAGAGCCAGUUGUUGAACAAUUGAUGAAUUACUCAGAGAUAAAAAAUAAAAUUCAAUUAAUUAAUUAAAAUAAGUUAUUAAUAAUGAUCAAAAGACUUUACGAUAUGUUAAAAUAUCUUACCAAUAAUUACUAUGUAAUAAUGAGUUUAAUUAUCUUUGUCUUAAUCUUAAUCUUUACAUAUAUUUUGUUAUAUUUAUAACUUUUUUUAUUGAAAUAUUUUGUCUUUCAUGUUAAUAAAUGGAAUGUA